GCGCCACUCUGACAGUAAGCAGUUACUACAUCGACUCUUAGCUGUCGACGAAGGUAACGAAUUGUACUGCAGUGAAACAGGCUUCGAGUAAUCUUUAACCGAUUUCUCAGCAGUUAACUUUUAAAGCGUCUAAACAUGCGUGAGUGUAUCUCCAUCCACGUGGGUCAGGCUGGUGUCCAGAUUGGUAAUGCUUGCUGGGAGCUGUACUGCCUUGAGCACGGUAUUCAGCCAGAUGGACAGAUGCCUAGCGACAAGACCAUUGGUGGAGGUGACGACUCCUUCAACACCUUUUUCAGUGAGACAGGCGCUGGCAAGCAUGUACCCAGGGCAGUGUUUGUGGAUCUGGAGCCUACUGUAAUUGAUGAGGUCCGCACUGGCACUUACCGUCAGCUAUUUCACCCUGAGCAGCUAAUCACUGGAAAGGAAGAUGCUGCCAACAACUACGCACGUGGGCAUUACACUAUCGGCAAAGAAAUCAUUGACCUGGUUCUUGACAGGAUCCGCAAACUAGCUGAUCAGUGCACUGGUCUUCAAGGCUUCCUGGUCUUCCACAGCUUUGGAGGUGGAACAGGUUCUGGUUUCACUUCCUUGCUGAUGGAGCGUCUCUCGGUUGACUACGGAAAGAAGUCAAAGCUGGAGUUCUCGAUCUACCCAGCUCCUCAGGUGUCCACUGCUGUUGUGGAGCCUUACAACUCCAUCCUGACAACCCACACCACCCUUGAGCACUCGGACUGUGCUUUCAUGGUCGAUAAUGAAGCCAUCUAUGACAUUUGCCGUAGGAACCUCGAUAUCGAGCGUCCUACCUACACCAACCUUAACAGGCUGAUCAGCCAGAUUGUGUCCUCCAUCACAGCCUCUCUCCGAUUUGAUGGUGCCCUGAAUGUUGAUUUGACCGAGUUCCAGACCAACUUGGUUCCCUACCCUCGUAUCCACUUCCCACUGGCCACGUAUGCUCCAGUAAUCUCAGCUGAGAAGGCUUACCAUGAGCAGCUCUCAGUGGCUGAAAUCACUAAUGCUUGCUUUGAGCCAGCAAAUCAGAUGGUGAAAUGUGACCCACGUCAUGGCAAGUACAUGGCUUGCUGCUUGCUGUACCGUGGUGACGUCGUACCAAAAGACGUCAAUGCUGCCAUUGCCACCAUUAAGACCAAGCGUACCAUCCAGUUUGUGGACUGGUGCCCAACUGGUUUCAAGGUCGGUAUCAACUACCAGCCUCCAACAGUGGUGCCUGGUGGUGACCUAGCCAAGGUGCAGAGAGCUGUGUGCAUGCUUAGCAACACCACAGCCAUUGCAGAGGCUUGGGCCAGGCUGGACCACAAGUUUGAUUUAAUGUAUGCCAAGCGUGCCUUUGUGCACUGGUAUGUAGGAGAGGGUAUGGAGGAGGGAGAGUUCUCUGAGGCCAGAGAGGAUAUGGCUGCCUUGGAGAAGGAUUAUGAGGAGGUUGGUGUUGAUUCUAUUGAGGGAGAAGGAGAGGAGGAAGGAGAAGAGUAUUAGACUUCAAAAAUUGCUAAAAUUUGCCUCUCCAUUUUAGAAGUGACUGAGUAUACUUCAGUUUGUCUGCUUCUAGUAUGAUGAUGAAAUAGCAGGUCAGGUGUCAACAGAACAGCUCAAUUAAGAUUAAGUCUUUCUUUUAAGUCAGUCUGAAGCAUGCUUAUCACGUUUCAGUAACGUAGAGAUGGUUCUUGCACUCACAAUUUGAUGUCUACAUUCAGUGCGUGUUGAAAUCUGGUUAAAUGAUUUUGAUGUGUUGAAGGAAUGUCAUUUUUCCAACCAAAAUGUUAAUGUUGCUAUUUCUGAGAAAGAACCCUCACUAAACUUCUUUCCACUCUGAUUUUGACUGAUAUGCAAUAAAUUACUAAGGGAAACUGUCUGCUGACUUU